ACAAGAACCAUUUGCCCAAAGCCUCAGCGUAUCACAGGAAAACAAACUCCCACCAUUCAAACUAGAUUACAGCGCCCUAACUCCUUUAUGCAUUUUCACUACGCUAAUCACUCUCUCUAAAACCCACCAGCAAUUAUCCAUAGGGUCAAAUGUAUAGCAAAGAAGCAUAGAGCCAUAGUGUUUUCGUCCCAUCUUUCAAGAAGAUGGUUUGCGGAGCUCUGUCCUUAACCAUCCCUUUGUUUUCAACUUUAACCUCCAAAGAUGCUAAAAGAGUUACAAAUCACUAUAAUCAUUGUCGGUCAACUCCUAGAAUUCGAUGCUCAAGUUCUAGUGCAGAGUUGCCCGUAACUGCUGAUAAACUUGAAAAUGAUCAUUCCCUGACUGGUACUGCUUAUGAUUUUGAAAGAGCUACCACAUCACUUACUCGUAAGUCCUUAUCGACCUCAAAGAAGGUAACUCUUGUAAGGCAUGGCCUCAGCUCUUGGAAUGAGGAGGGUAGAGUUCAGGGAAGCUCGAACUUAUCUGUUCUAACAGAAACUGGAGUGAAGCAAGCUGAGAGGUGUAGGCAAGCCCUUGCAAAUAUGCACUUUGAUCAAUGCUUUUCGAGUCCAAUAUCCCGCGCAAAGACCACAGCCGAAGUGUUAUGGCAAGGAAGGGAAGAGCCAUUGGUUUUCCUUGAUUCACUGAAGGAGGCCCAUCUUUUUUUCCUUGAAGGCAUGAAAAAUGUGGAUGCUAGGGUGAUAUAUCCAAAGGAAUAUGUAACAUGGAGAGAGGAUCCGGCGAAUUUCUACGUGAAUGGCAUCUACCCUGUUCGGAAACUAUGGGCAACGGCUAGAGAAGCUUGGAGGGAAAUCUUGUUAACACCUGGAGAAAAUUUUCUAGUUGUCACUCACAAAUCAAUGUUAAGGGCACUGAUCUGCACAGCUUUAGGACUAGCCCCUGAGAGGUUUCGGUCAAUUGAUGUGAAUAAUGGUGGUAUAUCCACAUUUAAUUUCAACAAAAGAGGGGAAGCGAUGCUCCAGUCAUUGAAUAAUACUGCCCACAUGUAUAGCGAUCAUGUGUAUCUUUCCUGAAACUGUUGGAAGCAAUACCUGUUAAUAGUCAGAAAAAAGACUAUUUUGGUGUGUAGAUCAUAUGGAUACGGUAUGAUACCUAAUCAAUAGAGCAGAGGCUCAUGGUUUUGACGUUUCCCUUAACAUGGUUUAUUCGGGUGAAAAUAAAAGUGUAAUUGAUUAAGUUGUAAUUGCAUUAGAUUUGAA